AUGGAUCCAGAACAACUGGAACAAAGCCUCAAUGUCAUCAAGUCAAAACCUAUCGAUCCCUUGAUGCAGCUUACUGAGAUGGAAAUAGCCAGGGCUGUCAUCAUCAAGGCCAGUGUCGAGAGGGACAACAGACUGCAGAAUCGAUCCGAUUUUGAAUAUGUUCAGUAUGCCCUCACAAACCUGAAUGAAACUGUAGAUCAAGUUCUGGAGCGAGUCUACUUGAUGCAAUGCUUUCGGCAAGAAUACAGAAUCAAUGACACUCCCGAAGACGGAGUUGAAUUCAUUCACAAGCUUUCCCUCAUGUGUCCUGGGCUCUUGCUUGCUGUGGAUCCCCUGCCAUUCCAACAUAACUACACAGCAGCCGUUGAUAUGGCAAAGUUUCUUCCCGAAGAACAAAUAAGAACAGAUGAAGACUUGAGGGUUUAUAUGGGUGGCACUUACUAUCAAUGGAAUAGUCUGUACCCAAACUUUAUGGCCAUUCGACAAGGUUGGACAAUGGUUUGCGAAUGUGAGGGGACAACAAUGGCAUCCUUGGAUCCAGAGCUGAUUGAAAAAUUGGGGCAUCACCUUUUCAAAUCAUAUCCCAAAAACCAAAAGAAUGUGUUCCUGCUCAAUACACCCACAGCGAUCAACAUGUGGUGGGCCUUGUUCAAGAAAUUUGUUCCCUACGAUCAAAAGGGCAAGUAUCAUUUGGGACAGCAAAUUGAAGGAUUCGAAGGACAUCGCAUUGAUGGACUCUACAAGACGCCAACCGAAGAAGCAGGAAGACAGAAAAUGAUCAGCCAUGUCCACGAAUUCCUGACAAUUCGGAAAAAGAAUGAAGCAGAUUUUUGCUUGAUGGAGGCAGCCCUCCAGAUUUUGACUCUGGAGGAGGUGCAUCUGGUAAUUGCAAACCAGAAAGCUCAGAUGACUAGCUGA